GCCAGGGUGAUGUUGCAGAAGGAGCCCGAGGUUUAUGGGGAGCCAGAGAGCGUGCGUCCAGCCUCACUCUGCUGCUCACCGGCAUGGGUGUGUCUCUCUGAGUUCUCCUUUCCUCUGACUGCAAAAAGGCUGAAUUCAUGGUGCCAUGUUUAGACCCCAGGAGGAUCAUAUGAGCUGAAAGUAGGGAAAGGCUCAGUUUGUAACAAGUGUGCUUGUGUGAACCCAGUUCAGCCCCAGUGGAAGGACCCAGGACCUGCUCUCUUCAGGGGUGGAGAACUUAUCGGUGCUGGACGUGGCCCCUCUGGGCUUGGUGGUAGAAGAUGCCACUGAAGUGGAGGUGUCUGACUCAAAAGCUGCCUCAGAGCUGUACUUGCAGGCCACCGCGGGUGAAGGCAGGGCCUGCUGUCUGCUCACUCUCAUCGUGUCCUGCCCAGGGCCUGACCCUCCUGAGGGGCCCAGGGCCCAAGGUGUGUGGCGAGGGGCUCUACAGAUCCUGCAGCUCCCAGGAGCCCCAGACUGCCCCCUGCUGCAGGUGUUGGCUGGUGAAGUUGUUGGUGAGGAGGUGGAGGGCUCUUUGCCAUGGAUUGUCUCACAGCUUUUGGAAGGAAACAACUACAGUGGCCUGCUUCUUCGCCUGGACCCCCAAGGUGGUAAAAGCGUGGAGCCAGCACCCAAGAAGAAAGAUGCUCCAAGAAGCCAGAGCUGAGGCGAUGAGGCUUCCAGAACCACAGCAGGUGAUAGAGUCACCAGUAAGCCAGAGCCCAUGCCUCGAGGGAGAGCCCCAAGUGGCAGGAAGAACGGCAACUCUAAGGUGUGGGCUCCACCAAAAGAAUCCUCUCAGGCACCCUAAGGAACAGACUUCUGACCGAGCCCAGCAGGUACCAGAUGUGGCCCUGCAGUUCUUCUUGGCCCAGGCCCAGAGGCAGAGACUGAGGGAGCAGCACCAAAUUUGGAUUCCAGAGAAGCUGAAGCAUUUGGAACAGAAGGAGGAGGUGGCAGAUGACCAGAUCAAAGACCUGGUGGCUGAAGAGGAGGCCUGCAAGGAGAGACAGAGAUGGCAGCAGGAACAGAUGGUGCUGAGAUUCCAGCUGGACGCCCUUCAGGAAGAGCGGGACACGGCAGAGCAGGACCUGGCAGCCCUCUAUGACCUGCAUGUGCAGGCCACUCGAGCUCAGACACACCAUGUGCUGCAGGUAUUCCGAGCCUGGCAGGGCCAGUGGGAGGAGCGGGCCAUGACCACAGAGCAUCGUCACUGCAGCCUGCUAGCAGGCAUCCUGGAAGAAGCCAUCAACCUGGCCACACAGAAUCAGGAGCUCCAAGCUCAGAACCAGCAACUUCAGCAGGGUGCAGACUAGGCUGGGGACAGUCAUGGUGGACCGUCCUGGGGAAAAACCUGAUCAGGAACCCUUUAGAGGAAGUUUCCUGUCUCCUCAUUCUGGAAAGUCCUAGAAGGGAGAGAAAGGGGUACCCCUUCAUCCACCGAUCUCCAGAGAAUAACCUGGCGGCUCUCACUUCUCCAGCUUUUCUCACAAGGCACUUGUUACAGGGCUGCUGAUGGGAGGGGGAGGAAGGCUGGGAUAGGGGUCUGGUGGAGGCGCCC